UGAGUUCAGAGGGCAGCUGCUGAAUCAGAGGUGGACAAGAGGAGACAGAAUCAGCAGCUGGGAGACCAAGAGGAGCCUUCGAAUCAAAAUGAGUCAGGACAUAGCAGAAACACGUACACGGACCCGCUCAAAAGGGAUCCGAGUUCCCUUGGAAGUUGUAGGACCAGAUUUGAGCAGCUGCCCCACUCCUGGCUGUGAUGGCUCAGGCCAUGUCAGUGGAAGAUACUCUCGACACAGAAGUGUACUGGGAUGUCCAAUUAUUAAGAAGAGAAAAUUGGAAGCAGAAGCAGAGGAGAAUCAACCUUCCCCCAAGAAGAGGGCCCAGCCUUUAAAAAUGGCCAUGGAUGAAGGCUUCAAUGCAGACAGUGAUGCUAGCAGUGAAGCCGAGCAAAAGGAAGGGGAGGAGUCAGAGUCUGAAGAGGUCAAAGAAAAAGACAAGAACAAAAAAACUUCUCAAGAUUCAACAAAAGAUUGCUCAUCAGUGGUAUCUGAGGUACUAGACAUUAUAGACAACGCUUCUAACACCGCUGCCCCACCUGAAGUCGAGAGUCCAGAGGAAGACACUGAAAAAGCCACCACAGCCCCGCAGAUUCAUAUAGAAACAGAGACUGAAACAGAGGUAGACAAACGCAAAGAGGGGGUAAAUGUAGUAGCAGAGAUAGAAGCUAUUGAAAAGAAGGAAGAGGUAGUGAAAGAAACGGACAAGACAGCAGAAGAGGAGAGGACAACAGAGCAGUCUAAAGUAAACGCUGAAUCAGGGAGGGUGGUGGUUGAGGAGGGGAAGGAGGGAGCUGAGGAGGUAGGGGUAGAGGAGGAAGAGGAGGGAGAGGAAGCAGAGGAUAGUCAGUGUGUCACCCAGGAGAACUCUGAUCACCCAUACUCCAGUGGGGACUACAACACACAUUUGGCCAAAGAGCACAAAGGAGAAACAGAAGAGGAGGAAGAAGAGGAGGAGGAAGAGGAGGAAGGGAGCGAUGAGCAUGUGACAGAGGACCAUGUGGAGCCCGAUGUGCAUCCUAUGUCAAGCCCUCUUGUUAAGGAACCAGAAGUACAGGAGACACACAACGAGGUUAAGAUUUCCUCCUUGACAGAUGAGGAAGAGGAGGAUGAGGUAGAAGAGGACGGGGAGGACAGGGAGGCAGGCGAAGUGAGGGAAGAGGAUUCUCACAAAGCCUCCCCCACUGUACUGGUGAUCGAGGUCCAGUCAGAGGAGGAGUACGAGGAGGAAGAGGAGGAGGCAGACGAAGGGGAAGAAGAAGAGGAGGAAGAGGACCGUCUCUCAGAGGGCUCAGAAGUGACAGAUGAUUCUGAGAACUGGGAUAUGACGCGGGGGAACCUAGGGCUUCUGGAGCAAGCUAUCGCCCUGAAGGCGGAGCAGGUCAGGGGUCCUCAUGAAGAGGACGAGUCCCCCGAGUACCAACAUUACCACAGUCCCAGCGACAGGGCUUCAGUCCACAGUCUGGAUGCUGCUUCAGCUGUGCGCAGGGGAGGACACUAUAGCAAAGAUAAGAAGGAGGUUAAAUGCCCUACCCCUGGGUGUGAUGGGACAGGCCAUGUGACUGGGCUGUAUCCUCACCAUCGCAGUCUCUCUGGGUGCCCUCACAAAGACAGGAUCCCGCCUGAGAUCCUGGCUAUGCAUGAGAACGUGCUGAAGUGUCCAACUCCUGGGUGCACAGGCCAGGGUCAUGUCAACAGCAAUCGCAACACACAUCGCAGUUUGUCGGGCUGUCCCAUUGCAGCAGCAGAGAAGCUCUCCAAGAGCCAUGAAAAACCAGUUUACCCUCAGUCCUCAGUCAGUGAGCCUGCUGGAAGCCCCCACUCAGACAGAGUGCUCAGGCCCAUGUGUUUUGUCAAGCAGCUGGAGAUCCCUCAGUACGGCAGCUACAGACCCAACAUGGUUCCCGCCACGCCUCGUGCCAACCUGGCCAAAGAGCUGGAGAAGUACUCCAAGGUGUCCUUCGACUAUGCAAGCUUUGACGUCCAGGUGUUUGGCAAGCCUAUGCUUGUUCCAAAGAUGCCCACCAGCGAUACUUCACCCAAAGCCUUCAAAUCCAAACCAUUCCCCAAGGCUUCAUCCCCGAGCCACAGCCUGUCCGGAGGGUAUGCCAAAAGCAGCUCCUCCUCUUCCUCCAGCGGGUAUGAUUACACCCACGAUGCUGAGGCAGCUCACAUGGCGGCCACGGCCAUUCUGAACUUAUCCACACGCUGCUGGGAGAGGCCGGAGAACCUCAGCACCAAGCAGGGAGACCCAGACAGCAAGGAUCCAGAUAUUGAAGUGGAUGAGAACGGCACACUGGACCUGAGUAUGAAGAAGCCUAUCAAGAGCGAAGGGAUGCAAUCACCAGUCCCAUCUUCUUCCUCCUCCUCUUCCUCUCAGAAUCUGGGAGGAAGGACCUCCACUCAGAGCCACACACAGGCAGAGUGGGAGGGACCUCUGGACUUUACCAAGCCAAGUGGCCAGAAGGAGGAGGAGCAAGAUGAGAUGGAGUACGUGGCUCAUUCUUACACCUCAUCUGACGUUGAGGAUGAUGAACUCAAUCAAGAGGGUAUGGAAGACAGGAAGUACCCAGGGGAAGUCACCACUUCCAGCUUCAAGGUCAAAUUCCAGCCCAAGGACUGCAAAAAAGAAGUUCUACUUUGUCCUACCCCAGGUUGUGACGGCAGUGGGCAUAUAACUGGAAACUAUGCGUCACACAGAAGUCUGUCAGGCUGUCCUCUUGCUGAUAAAUCUCUUCGGACCCUCAUGGCUGCCCACACUGCUGAACUAAAAUGUCCCACCCCAGGCUGUGAUGGAUCAGGACACAUAACAGGGAAUUAUGCCUCCCAUAGAAGUCUGUCUGGAUGCCCUCGUGCCAAGAAGGGAGGGGUGAAAUUAACACCCACCAAAGAUGACAAGGAGGACUCUGAGCUACUGAGUAGAUGCCCAGUGCCCGGCUGUGACAGCCUGGGCCACAUCAGUGGAAAGUAUGCCACCCACCGCAGUGCCUAUGGGUGCCCCCUGGCAGCACGUCGCCAGAAGGAGGGGCUUCUGAAUGGCUCGCCGUUCUCCUGGAAGGCCUUUAAGACGGAGGGUCCCACCUGCCCAACUCCUGGGUGUGAUGGCUCAGGUCAUGCCAACGGAAGCUUCCUCACACACCGCAGUCUCUCAGGUUGUCCCAGAGCGUCAGCUAAUAAGAAAAGAACCCGUUUCCCGGGAGACGAGUACAUCACAGCUAAAUUCAGGGCCAGUGAUGUUCUGGACAAUGAUGAAGAUAUCAAACAGCUCAACCAGGAGAUUAGUGAGCUGAGUGAGUCCAACACAGAGAUGGAGGCAGACAUGAUGAACCUACACACCCAGAUUUCAUCAAUGGAGAAGAACCUGAAGAGUAUGGAGGAGGAGAACAAGCAGAUUGAGGAGAGAAAUGAAGCCUUGUUUGUGGAACUUUCUGGCCUGAGCCAGGCUCUUAUUCGUAGCCUAUCUAACAUUCGCCUGCCACACAUGCAGGAACCAAUCACAGAGCAGAACUUUGAUACCUAUGUGGACACCCUGACUCAUAUGUUCUCCAACAAAGAUUGCUACCAGAACCCAGAGAACAGGGCUCUUUUGGAGUCCAUCAACCAGGCUGUGAAAGGCAUCGAGGUUUAAUCUAAGUAGAGCGUAAAAAAGAAUGUGAAAAUGAGAGAGCAUUGAAAGCAGAGAAUGAGAAGACAGGGUGCCGUAUGGACACCAAUCCCACCUAUAUUCAUCCCUAUUUUAAAGCGCUUUUGGAGUAUAUGUUUGAUAAUUAUCUUUUCUUUUUUUUUUGCUUUGGUGCAAAUAUGUUGUCUGUCUUAAGUCCCCCCUCCCCCCUCUUUUUGCAUGUUGGUUUAUGAGGAUCAAAGGACAGACUUGUGUAUGGAUCAAUAUGGAUGUGUCCAUUGAAUAUUUAAGUGUCUGAGAUUGAACUGGAGUAAAACUGUGUUGGUGUGAAGGAAAUAUUGAUGGGUACAGUAUAUAUUUCAAAUAGGCCUAACCAUCCCCGUACUAUAAUGGUACAGAACAGAUGUAGAAUGCAGUAUAUUGCCCAUAAACCACACCAUACCAGAUUCUCUUAGGUAGAGUAUGUAUCCCGAUCCCAUUGAGUAAUGUUGAUAGUAUUUAUGACCAUAGUUGUUGCACUUCCAGGACUAGUUUGUAGUUUCAUGUUGUGUAACUAUUUGAGUCUCUGAAAUGACUGUUUAAUAUAUUAUUUAUUAAUGCUGUUGUAUUAGUUUUG